AUGAGUUCUAAACUUUAAUAUUUAAUUAUUGGAUUUUCCUUUGGAGUUUUAUCAACUACAUAUUAUUUAGGAAAUUAAAGUAAAGAGAAACUUGUAUUAAAAGCAAAAGAAUUAAAACAAAAGGGUAUAGAAUAAGUAAUUAUAUAAUUUAAUUAGAUUCAUGAUAUUAAAAGUGAUUUGAAUGAUAUUAAUGCAAAAGAAUUUUUGAUUGAAAAGAAAGAAUAGAUUUUAGAAAAAAGUAAAGACAGGUAUAUAAAUUCUAUUAAUAGUAUAGUUAAGAGUUUGCAUAAAAAAAAUGGAAAGAUAUUGAAGAGAAGGCUAAAAAAACAAAAUAAAAAAUGGGAAAAGAAUUUGAAAAAAUAAAAGAGAAAUUUAAAUAAGAUUGAUG